AUGGGAUGGGCGGAGCAAGCCUUGUACCGUGUGCUUGACAGUGGUGACGUCUUGAAGCUGCCACGCAGGCAACCACACACCCCCUUCCAAAUGACGGUGACCAAAUUCUACAAGGAAAAGGGUGUGGGCGACAUGGUUCAGGGCAAAGUUCUAGAGGGAAAACUCUCUCCUGGAAGUGCUGUGGCCUUUGUGGGCAGCUACAAGCCGCAGCCUGAUGCAGGCAAGCUUUUCCAUGCAGAACUGCAUUACAACCAGGUUGAGAACCUCCUGCCGGGUGACAUCCUACAGGUCAAAAUUGGGGGGUUCAACCAAGACAAUUUGCCCAUGGUUGGCGACAUCAUGGUCUCCACAGGUGGCGCACUCAAAGAGGCCACAAGCUUUGAGGCUGGCAUCGCAGUGGCCUCUCCAGGCAUGGAAUUCCAGGUGGGCUCAACGGUUGUGGCUUUUGCAGGUGCCAGAUUUUCACCUUGCAAGAUUACGGCCUUGCAGUGGAAGGGUGGCCCAGACACUGGAGGGAAGAAGUGCCAAACCCAACCUCUGUGA